AUGUCUGUCCCAGCUUUCACCGAUAUCGCCAAGUCCUCAAACGACUUGCUCAACAAAGACUUCUACCACUUGUCUGCCGCGGCACUUGAGGUCAAGAGCAAUACCCCCAACAAUGUUGCAUUCAAAGUCACCGGAAAGAGCACACAUGAGAGAGCUACAAGUGGACUGUUAGAAGCAAAGUACACAGAUAAACCAACCGGUACCACAUCCCUCCAUAUGCUGUCAAUGCAGAUGAGAACAAGCUUUUCCAAAAAGAAAGGCUUUGAUUUCUUUAUCAAUCUCUCGCCGAUGACUGGCAAAGCACAAAUGCUAAUAUUCUAUCGCACUUCAGGCCUCACCGUUACACAGACAUGGAAUACUGCCAACGCUCUCGACACCAAGAUUGAACUCAAGGAUGCUCUCGUCAAGGGUCUCAAGGCAGAGGUCUUCGGCACCUUCCUCCCAGAGAAAUCUGCCAAGGGCGCAAAAUUCAACUUGCACUUCCAGCAAUCCAACUUCCACGGUCGUGCAUUUUUCGACCUUCUCAAGGGACCAACUGCGAGCGUCGAUGCUGUUAUUGGACAAGACGGUUUCCUUGCUGGUGCCGCUGCUGGAUACGACGUCCAGAAGGCUGCUAUCACCAACUACAGCGCUGCUAUCGGAUAUACCAACCCUCUAUACACCGCUUCCGUUACUGCUACCAACAACUUGAGCGUCUUCUCUGCCGCUUAUUACCACAAGGUUAACUCGCAAGUUGAGGCUGGUGCUAAAGCCACAUACGACUCAAAGAGCGGCGGACCAGUUGGACUCGAGGUUGCCAGCAAGUACAGACUUGACCCAGUCUCAUUCGCCAAGGUCAAGAUCAACGACCGCGGUGUCGCCGCCCUCGCAUACAAUGUCCUCCUCCGUCCCGGUGUCACCCUCGGCCUCGGUGCUUCCCUCGAUACCCAGAAGCUGGAUCAAGCUACCCACAAAAUUGGUACUUCUUUCACUUUCGACUCAUAG